AUGUGCACAUUUCCCUGCCAGGAGGACGGCGAGGGGGGCGAGGACUCGCGCGACCUGGUGCUCCGGGCGGAGGCGCUGCAAAGGCAGAGGGAGUCGCUGCUGUCGUCGCCACAGGCGCUCAUGAACGCCAUGAGGGGCGGCGGGCCGCCCUCGCUGGUGCCCCCCGGGCCGCACCUGCCCUUCAUCCCCAGCACGGUCGGCCUCCCGCCCACCUCACAGAUGCCGCCCACGCCUGGGUCGGCUGGGUCACGCGACUCCUCCGGCAACGGCACACGCACGCCCUCGCACACGCCCGAGCCGCACCAGAGUCAGCAGUCCUGGAGCUUCGAGGAGCAGUUCAAACAGGUACGAGAACCCACGAAGCACUCGUCCUUUGAAGAGGAAAAACGCAAGCAGUGCUUCCAUUGCAAGACCUAUAUAUCCGACACUGCAAAGAUCGUGCCCUUGACAGAGCCUCCAUAG